GUUUUUCGCAUCAUGUCAUGUGCCUCCGUCAACUGUCACUGUCACUUUACAAUCUUAAACGGGAUUGUAAUUUUGUAAAGUUACUUCGUCUUUCUCAAAUAGGUCUCAUUGCUGUUGUAUUCCAUAAAUAACUAAUGUUAUUAUCACAAUUUUGAGAAACAGAUUAAGAUUAUUUUGAGGAAAUCAUGGCCAAUUGUUUUAAGUUAUUAACUUCAAAUUUAUUGAAGACAUCAAGAAACUUAAGAUAUGUCCGCACUAUACAGAGGACGAGAUUUUCGACCAGCAGUGUCUUAGCGCGGACAGAGCGCGAUACUAUGGGAGAAUUGGAAGUACCUGACGACAGGCUGUAUGGAUCUCAAACUUUGAGGUCAAUUAUGAAUUUCCCUAUAGGAGGCAUUGAGGAACGCAUGCCGCUUGCUGUCAUCGUUGCAAUGGGUAUUCUGAAGAAAGCUGCCGCUAAAGUUAAUAUGGAGUUUGGUUUAGAUAAGACAAUCGCUGAAAAUAUCAUAAAAGCUUGCGAUGAUGUGAUCUCCGGUAAGCUAUACAAGGAAGGCCACUUUCCCCUCAUCAUCUGGCAGACUGGUUCCGGCACACAGUCUAACAUGAACACCAAUGAGGUCAUCGCUAACCGUGCUAUUCAACUCAUGGGCGGUAAGUUAGGUAGUAAGAAACCUGUGCACCCCAACGACCACGUGAACAAGUCUCAGAGCUCCAACGACACGUACCCCACUGCCAUGCACAUCGCUGUGGCCAUGGAACUGAGAGACAGGCUCAUGCCAGGCCUUACAGCACUCAGGGACACCAUGGAAGCCAAAGCAAAGGAAUUCGACAAGAUUAUUAAGAUCGGAAGGACCCACUUGAUGGACGCCGUGCCGUUGACCCUGGGCCAGGAGUUCAGCGGGUACGCGACGCAGAUGACGUUCGCCAUCGAGCGCGUGUGCGCCACGCUGCCGCGCCUGCACUACCUGGCGCUGGGCGGCACGGCCGUCGGCACCGGACUCAACACACGUGUCGGAUUCGCUGAGAAGUGCGCCGCGGAGAUCGCUUCCCUAACUGGCAUUCCAUUUGAAACCGCGCCAAACAAGUUUGAGGCGUUGGCUGCUCACGAUGCGAUGGUAGAAGUGUCGGGAGCUCUCAACGUAGCUGCGGUUUCCAUCAUGAAGAUUGUCAAUGACAUCCGUUUCCUGGCGUCCGGACCUCGAUGUGGUCUGGGUGAACUGAUGCUGCCAGAGAACGAGCCUGGAUCAUCCAUCAUGCCUGGUAAGGUGAACCCAACUCAGUGCGAGGCUCUGACGAUGAUAGCUGCGCAGGUGAUGGGCAACCACGUGGCCUGCACCAUCGGAGGCAGCAACGGACACUUCGAGCUCAACGUCUUCAAAACUAUGAUGGUCGCUAACGUGCUUAGGUCAAUCACACUACUUGGUGAUGGGUGCUUAGCGUUCGACAAAAACUGUGCGAAGGGCAUCACAGCUAACAAAGAGAAGAUCGGCAAGAUUAUGCAGGAGUCACUCAUGUUGGUGACAGCGCUCAACCCACACAUUGGUUACGAUAAGGCUGCACAAAUCGCCAAGACUGCCCACAAAGAAGGAGGUACCCUAAAAGGCACAGCUAUCAAACUAGGAAUCCUUACCGCAGAACAGUUCGACCAAUGGGUCAAGCCAGAGAACAUGUUGGGACCCAAGUAAAGAAUAUAAGGCGCUGUCAACACAGAAUGGAAGAACAAUUUGUUGUUGUGUUGCAAUUAGGAUUAUUAUUCGACCGUUCAGAGAAUGCGUUCCUGACACCUAUCAGUUAGUCACGACUAGUGAUGGGCACAACAUAACACUGAGUUCGUUGCCGUUCCUCCAAAAUAAACCGCCGUUUUAAAUUCGGCGGAAUUAUUUAAAAUUUAUAUUUUAGUUAUUUAAGUGGAGGCCAAAAAUAUACAACGUGUAACAAAAUACCCAUAUACAUCAAGAAGCGCUGAUGAAUACAGGAUGAAUAGAGUCUCUAAACGAAGUUUCAGCUUAAAAUACGUUUAAAAAAAAUUUGUACCAAAUACUUGGUAUCGCAUGGUUCUUGAUUUUAAAUCAUACAAACAUGUCACAACACUACAGAAGUCACUCGCUAAUAUUACGAAACAUUUCUUCUGUCAAUCUGAUCGCCUAGUACCUGUCUACCUAAUUUGGAAACACGAGGCGGCGCGAUUUGAAAAAUUCAUAACUUGGUACCAUGAAAAUAUGAGUUUAAAAAACCCUUACCGUAUUGUUUGUUAUGUUAUCUAGAAGCUGUGCACUUGAUAUGUAUACCCCCUUUUUGUUACAUGUUGUAUAAUAAAAUUGUUAUUGUGUGUUGUAAAUAUAUAUUCAUAUAAUACAAUUAUUCUUUGUUACAAAGUUAUAUUUUGUAUUUCUAUGCAAUAAAGUAAGUAGUACAUUGAAUUGAAUGUGUGUACAGUGCUAUGAACGAGACCUGGCAGGUCUGAAGUUAGGCUUUGCGAACUUUCGCGCAUGUACAUUCGUGUACAAAACUAUUACUGCAAUAUUAUUUUAUAAACCUAAUGUACUAAUAAAAUUCCCUAAUCAGUGACGAAGUACAAAUAAACCAAAUAUAAUAUUUUUUCAUAAAUUGCGUUAAAUCAUAAAUGAGUUUUGUCGCUUGGCGAUUUAAAACUCUAUUGUAUUUUGGUGGCAUAUUUAAUAAUAUAAGUGCCAACUGACAUUUGCACAAAUUAAUUGCAAACUUAAACACUAAACAAAAAUUAACAAAAUACUUAAAAACUUAACAAUAAAAAUUAACAACAGUAAUAACGAAAUAUACGAAAAGUUUUGUUACCGACUGCACUCAGAAAGAGUUAGUGACACUAACACAACGCCGAUCCUAACGUGUGACAGAGACAUAUUACCGGGUACCGAGUAUUGCCGAAUAAGCACGAAGAUUCACGAAGUAACCUAAAAGGGAUGUCCAAGUGGCGUGCGUGAGGGUGUUGUUUAAUCGAUUUUCUUAAAAUCGAUUACUACGAGACAAAUUACUUAUCACACAAAAAUAUAUUUAUUUUCAAUGUUAUAUUGAUGUUUUAAAUUUUCUUAAACAGUCGUUACUCAAAUAGUCGUUAAUGAUAAUUGAUAUUCGAGUAAAUCAUAACUUUCAAUUGAGAAAAUACUUUCUUUUAGUUUUAUUUUCAUGUCGAAAUAUCGUUUAUUAAUGACAAAAUUAACUAUAUUUCUACAUUUUAUUUCGUUUAAUAUAUCAUAUAAAAAAACAAUAAACUCUAAAUAAAAAUAUCGAUUGCGAUAUUUGAUCGAUAAAGGGUCAAUUGUAUUUAGAAAUGGUCAAUCUCUAGCCUAGAUCGCCGCCCCCCGCACCUCGCCUCAUGCCACCAUUUGGUUCUAAAAAAGACUUAUUGCGCAGCCAUCUGCACGUAGUUCGUAGUGCCAAGAUCCGUUGACAGUACUGUACAGUGUACACUACAUAAUUACGUAGGAGUUACUAGAUGCCACCUUUUUUUCAAUGGACCAUUCUAGUGCAGUCAAAGUAUUUAUUUGUGAAACAUAGGGUACAUUAUAAGUUGUAGGGUAUGCUGCUAUACGUGAAUAGAUCCUGCUAUGUUUUGCUUCGGAAAGCGUACAAAAUUUUAUAUGUUAAAAAAAUUGGGAAAAAGUAUAUAAACAAAUGUCAAUAGCGUGUGAUAACAGUAAAAAAUACUAAAAAAAAUUAUCGCAAUAACAAGAAAACUAAAUAAACAACACAAUACAAUAAUCACAGAACAAAAUACAACACACAAAUCGUAUCAUUACUCUGUUACAUCUUUUUUAUUUAAAUAUUCCUUAAUUGAGUAGAAGGCUUCAUUUGUAGUAAUAUAUUUGGCAAAUUAUUAUAAAUUUUGGGGGCCAUACCUAAAAAGUUUGCACUAAAUAUAGCUUUUUUAUGCGGUUUUGCACAGAUUUUAUGUUGAUGACGAGUAUUUUUUAGUGUGUCAAAUAAAUGAAAAUAAGCUGCAACCAAUGUUACCAGUUAUUUUUCUGAGUUUUUGAGCCAGUCAAUUAUUGUAAUAAGAUUAUCAUUUAAUUCUUUUUCUACUUCCACUUUAUUUUUGCCUGAAAAAACUACAGUAGCAUCAUCUGCAAAUAACACCGUUGGAUGACUAAUGACAUUAGGCAGAUCAUUAAUGUAAACAAUAAAUAAUAAUGGGCCUAACACACUACCCUGUGGUACACCUCGAACAAUUUUGCAGCAUUCUGACACAUAUGUAUUCUCUGUUUUUGAUUCUAAGCAUAAUUUGUUAAUGAGAGUAAACUGUGUUCUAUUGCUGAGAUAUGAUUUAAUUAACAUCAGUACAUUACCCCGGAUGCCGUAUUGUUCCAACUUGUGCAACAAAAUUUCAUGAUUUACAUAGUCAAAUGCUUUUGUCAUGUCCAUAAAAAGGCCAACCACAGGAAUCCUGUUGUCAAUAUUUCCAAUAACUUGCUCAAAUAAUUUAUAGACCAUGCCAUGCCAUGCCAUGUUUGUGUUGAUGUUCUUUCUAAAACUUUUUUCUUUUCUUUUCUAGAAAUGAAUAAAUAUGUUGGUGAAUA